ACAUAUAUAUCAUCAUCUGAUUUGAUUGUUUAUUAUUGCAUUCACAUCUAUGAUCUAUAUAUACAUACUUACACUAUUAUAUAAACACAACACCAACAAAAUCAUUUUUAAUUUUUUAUAUACAGUUAUCACUAUCACUUAAAGAAGAAAAACUAACUAAAGAAAAGAGAGUUACUACUCAGUCUUGACCAUUUCAUGGAUAAUACUUUCGACUCUACAACUUCAAAUGUUUGGUCCAUGUCACUUAUGAACUCCUCCGAUGAAGAGCCGGCUCUUCUCUUGGCUUCGAGUAAUCCCAAGAAGCGAGCUGGUCGGAAGAUGUUUAAGGAGACACGUCAUCCUGUGUACCGUGGCGUAAGGAGGAGGAAUAAUUCAGGUAAGUGGGUGUCCGAGAUUAGGGAGCCUAACAAGAAGACUAGGAUUUGGCUAGGCACAUUUCCCAAUGCUGACAUGGCGGCGCGUGCACAUGACGUAGCAGCCAUUGCUUUGAGGGGUCGCUCUGCUUGUCUUAACUUUGCUGACUCGGCUUGGAAGCUUCCGUCUCCCGCUUCUUUGGACCCCAAGGAUAUUCAGAAGGCAGCCGCCGAGGCCGCCGAGGCUUUCGGUCCACAGAAGAGCACGGCGGAGACGAAGUCCGAGACGGUAUCGGAGAAUGUGUUUUGUAUAGAAGAUGAGGUGUUUGGGAUGCCGGGGUUGCUGACAAGUAUGGCGGAGGCGAUGCUAUUGCCUCCACCGCAAUGCAUGGAUCAAUGGUAUUAUAGUAGCGAUGACGUGGACGUUUGUGCUGACGUGUCACUGUGGAGCUAUUCAACUUAGUCAGUGUAGUGUUUUUUUUGUGUUAUGAUGUAUAAAGAAAGAUAUGUGUUGACUCUGAUUUGAUAGUUGUAUUAGAGCUGUGCUAGUCAGUCGGAAUGUGUUGCGUUAGUCACCUGUUACAAAAUUGGACUGGGAAGGAAAUUUUUGUACCGUACUAGUAUUUUUUUUUUUGUUGAUAGCAUCAUUGCUAUGGGCCUAUAAUUAUUUGUUUUUGAAUGAAUGAUAAUUAUUAGGGAAAUUUACUUGGUA